AUGGAGUCCGCGGGGCGCGUCCUCUCCGUUAAGACGGACCCCUCGUCGCUGGCGCUGGGGACGGCCUUGGGGACGUCGCUGCUUAUCAGGAGGCACUUCAGGCGGAGGCUGGCUCCGGUUGCUCCAAAGAUCGUGAAGAGCCGAGUCACUGGACUGGAGUGUGCUGUUGUGCCUUUGUGGUAUGGUGGUGUCUUAGGAAUCCCCAGCAUAUACAUCCUCACCAGAGUGUUGGAUUUUGCCAACUACGCCUCCCCUGGUGCAAGAGUCUGGGCGACUGCAGCCGGAGGCCUGACAGCUGCGUUGGCUUUGUGGCUGUUUGCUCGCUCCCAUUCUGAUCUCGGAAGUCUGUGGUCCGUCAGUUUGCAGCUCCGUGAGCAGCACAAGCUGAUGAAAUCAGGCGUCUAUGCUCACGUACGCCAUCCGAUGUACGCGUCCGGACUCCUGCUGUGUGCAGGAAUUGGGAUCCUGGCGCCAAACUGGGUUGUAAAUGCAGGAGUGUUGGGAGCCAUGGCGGCGCUUUUGUUCGUACGAAUCCCGAAAGAGGAGCAGAUGAUGAUUGAAGAGUUUGGUGAGGAUUACCAGAGGUACAAAUCUGAUGUCGGAGGGAUUGUGCCCAAGCUGAAAAUCUGGCCGCAGAGACGGCGAAGGGAGGAAGCAUCUUGA